AUGGCCAUUAACUCGGAGUUUAACCAAGAUACAAGCGGCGCUGACGUCGUCGCCGCAUUCCCAAAUUCUGUGGCUGGCAAGACUUUUGUUAUCACCGGCCCAACACCAGGUAGUCUAGGAGCUCAGACUGCAUUACUCCUCGCCGCAUCCAAACCAUCCACCAUCUUCCUCCUCGGCCGGGACGAAUUGAAAGCUGCUCCUACCGUCGAAUCAGUCAAAACCGCUUCCCCGAACACAAUAGUGCAAUUUAUCCAUUGUGAUCUCGGGAUAUAUUCCUCCAUCCGAUCCGCCGCCAAAACUAUUCUCACUACCACACCGAAGAUCCACACCCUAAUCAAUAAUGCGGGUGUUAUGGCUCCAGCCGAGUACCGUACCACACCCGAGGGUGUCGAGGUUCAAUUUGGUGCGAACCACAUUGGACAUUUCCUCCUGACAAAUCUACUCAUGCCAUCCAUUGUUGCUGCUGCAUCUGAAGGAGCGCGAAUUGUCAAUCUGUCGAGCAUGGGAUGGGGAUUGGGCGAAGUGAGAUUUGAUGACUAUAAUUUCAAUUCUGGAAAAACUUGGGAGAAAUGGUCUGCUUAUGGACAGAGCAAGACCGCCAAUAUUCUGUUUACCGUUGAGUUGUCAAAGAGAUUAAAGAGCAAGGGUGUACAGGCAAUUACUCUCCAUCCUGGCGUUAUUCUGACGAAUUUGGGAAGAGAAUUAGAUGUUGAGAAAGAUAUGACUUCUGCGGUCGAAAUCUUCAACGCGAGAGGAUACGUAAAGGCCGAGGGUCAAAUGCUGUGGAAAAGCCUCGAAGCAGGCACCUCAACAACAUUGGUUGCUGCUCUUGAUCCUGCUCUAAAAGAUCACUCCGGUGCAUUUCUAUCUGAUUGUCAAAUUGUUCAGACAGCCGACUACACCACGAAUGCAGAAAACGCAAAGAGAUUAUGGGCGCUCAGUGAGAAGAUUGUUGGGCAGAAAUUUGAUUUGUGA